CAGCAGCAUUGCACCAGCAUAUCCAGCACCAAUUCUGCAAAUCUGAAAGUUUCCAUAACUUCUGAUUUUACCUAUAUUGUGAGAAUCAACUUUUAACCAAGUGACAUUUCCUGUCAGUGAAAUUAUGAGUGGGUGUUUUUUCCUCUUGCAAGGAAAUAAGCUGUGGUCACUUCUAGUGGUUAAACUGGUUAUAAAGAGCAGAGCAUCAUUUUCACAGAGCGUCAAACAGCCUCUUCUUCAGGUAAAUUUCUCUCUGACUUCAUCUCUCAUCAGGUAUUGACUCACAAAGAAACUUCACAAUGACUCCAAAUGUUUUCUGCCUGCUCUUUCUUUUGAUGGCCGAAACGUCUCUGAGUACAGCUAAAAAUGGGGAUCCAGUUGAUAAGUCUGACAACAUCCUGGAAAUCGUCCCGAGACCCAAAGCUCAGUUUCUUCCAGAAACAUUCGUACUGCAAGACGACGUUGCAGUUCCUAAAGCUACCAGCAGGAACGCAAACUUAUGUACUCUGAAAGGCUGCAAGUGGCCCAAGCGUCGAUCCUACGUCCGUGUGCCAUACUACAUCUCUUCUAACUAUAGUCAAGAAGAACGCAACCUCAUUCUUAGAGGACUCAAGAGCUUUGAGCGGUCCACCUGCAUUCGCUUCGUCCCAUACAGUAACUACGAUCAGGACUACAUCUACUUCGAAUCAAAGGACGGGUGUUGGUCCUACAUUGGACGUCAGGAUGGCGGCCAGUACAUCUCCCUGAAUAAAGAUGGCUGCUUGUCCCGCCGCACAAUCCAGCAUGAGGUUCUUCACGCUCUGGGUUUCCACCAUGAGCAGGUCCGCUCUGACAGAGACAACUACGUUUGGAUUCAUUCCCAAAACAUUGAACCAGGACAUGAGAACAAUUUCAAAAAAAGAUUGACCAACAACUUGGGAACUCCCUACGACUUCACCUCCGUCAUGCAGUACGGAAAAUAUGCAUUCUCCAAAAAUGAAUUGCCUACCAUCACUGCCAAGUCCAAUCGUUACUAUGAAUGGGGCCGAGCCACUAAGAUGAGUAUCUAUGACAUCACCCGCAUCAACAUGCUUUACAAAUGCAAGUAAAAUGUCUUGAAGAGAUCAGCUCAACAACAGCCAAGAAUCUUUCUGCUGCAAGAAUGUUAUCUAAUCUGUUAAAUGAAAAAACAUGGCUGCAUUUUAAAAAAGAUCAUCUGGAGCCACCUGCUGGUCAAAGGUCGCAUUGCAAAGGAGGCUCCUCAUCCAGAUUCAUCAAUAACUUUGAUUUGCUUUUUGCUUUUUACUUUGCAGGGAGGCUGGAAUGAGAUCAUAGUUUUGAUUAUAACUGUGUGUGCUUUUAUUGAUGUGCAUAUUACCUUCAUUACAGAAUUAAAAGCUU